AUGUGUGUUCAGCAGACAUAGGGACACUCCUAAGCGCGCCCUCAUUUCUAAUGGCGUCGAUUUAAUCCAAGCUUGACCGAUAUUUCCUCUGUUGAUCUCACGCCGACAACAACGACCAUAAGUGACUUGAAUGAAUGCAAUGAAAAGACGCAUUGAAUCGAUUAGAUUAACAUUAGAAACAAGGCUUCUUUUUCAGAAUAAUACAUUACAUAAAAUGCUUUGUUUUAUUUCCGUGAAUAAUACAUUACAUGAAAUGCUUUGAAAUACGGAGCGAUGAUGGCCCGAUUAAGUUUUUCGGUAAACUAUAAUUUAAACUUGGGCUAUUUACUGAAAUAUGAGUUAGAUGUCACCGUAAAGUACAUAUGGAUUUUUGUAGCGCAAAUAAUUGGCGCCUUUGGCUUUAGCCCGUUGUGUCAACCCUUUAGUAAUGUAGUGGUAUGCUUAAAAGAUUCACAAAGUUGAAAGGAAGCGAAAUGGUUGAGUAUAAGGUGUUGACUGGCAAGCAAACCGUCCUCGCUUAAGAUUGGAACUUACCGCUAACAUUUACUACUUUUGCUGGUCCAAUAAUACCCAGGAAUUCCCAUCAUGUCACGCUAUUGCGUCUCUCACACUGCUGGUACAGUUAAUACAAGUUGUUGGGGAAUAGUUACUAAAUAUUUAAUGAUUUAUACGCGGCAUAUCGUUGCCUCUCUGGUGAACUUUACACGGUUCGUGGUUUUGCAAAUCCUUAAAUUGCCAUCCGUUUUUGCCUGGCUUAACUUCAUUCAUCGUAGCUAAAACUGCGCACACACUGAAAAGAAAAUGCGCGAGUAUGAAUGAAAAUAUCGGAUUAUAAUGUAAAUACAUAGUACAGGUCCGUGCACAAACGCUGUAGUUCCCAAAGUUUUACAUAUUUUUACACACAUAAAUACUGCAUGAGUUUUAUUCGUCUCUGGUUAAUUUUUGGUUAAUAUUAACUAAAAUACAGCAAUUAAUGGCAAACCGUUUUGCUAUUUUAUUAACUUAGAACAAAGCUUAACAAAAGUCAGUAACCUUCACACUUGGUGUAAGGUCGCGUUUGAGACAAGAUUUAUUUAAAAGUGUGAACAAAUUUACGACCUCGGUCUGAAUCUAUGAAUACGACUUCGUUCCCACACGUCAGAUGUCCCCGAUUAAUGUUGUGUAUUUAAGCAUUCUUAUUUUUGCUACGGGCCCUACGUCAUCAUCUGACGUCACUCCAACAGACACGAGUAAUGACGAAACAGGAAACCAAGAUGGCGGCGACACGGAAGAACGAGACCCUUUCCUCCGUAUUAUUGGGAAGAUGAAUGACUUGAAGUUGGUGUCUGACGGUGAAGCAAAGUUCCGUUGUCGAGUGGACGCAUGGCCUAAUGAUAAUAUCAAGUACACAUGGUACAAGGACAACUACCCCAUUGACUUUGUUUUGGAAGGAUCUCGUAUCUCAGUGUCCAACAAACCAACUGGUUCCCGCCUUCGAAUUCGAAACCUUCUGUCUACCGAUUCUGGCACUUACAUGUGUGAGGCGUCAAACAGAGAACGAAGUGCUUCAACAAGUGCAAAGCUCACUGUAUCUUUCAGACUUCCGCCAGAUGAUGGACACAAAACAAAAAUCCCCAGUGGCAAAUGUGAACAAUACGCAGGGCAGGCUUGCAGAUCUCUAAUGAAUGGAAAGAGUAUUUAUGUUGAUCCGUUUAUGACGCAAGAGAAAAUGGAGCAAGAGAUUAAUGGAGCUCUGCAACAUAUAACUAACAGUGAAUAUGUGUCGGACAAAUGCAAGAGAUAUGCCUUUCCUGCCUUUUGUUCAUUCGUGUAUGCACCUUGUGAACUCCAUUUCGAUCCAUUAAGUGGGAAGAAGAAAGCUACUCCUGUAAAACUGUGCAGAGAAGAUUGUGAACUAAUGAAAUAUGACAUCUGUAGAAAAGAGUUCCUUAACAGUGCAGAUGACAAGUUUCUUGAGGAUAUUUUCUUGUAUGCAAACUGCAGUUAUCUCCCCCCUACCACAUCUCAUGGAACAAAAUGCACCAAAGUUGGCCUUCCUGCCACCACAAACAAAGCUCAUAUUUGUUACAAUGAAACAGGGACAAGUUAUAGGGGAACUGCAAGGUUUACACAAGGUGGCCAGAUAUGUAAAGCGUGGCCUGUUCCAAUGAUUGCACAGUACCCGGAGUUAUCUGGUGGUCACAACUUCUGUCGUAACCCUGGCAACAAAAUGUCGGCACCGUGGUGCUACACUGGCCAGAGGGUAUCCAGGAUGGAAUUAUGUGACCUGGAUAAAUGCAGUGUGUCAGCAAAAGGUUCGGACAUGAUAAUCAUCUUGAUCCCAAGUAUCGCCAUUCCGUUUAUCAUUGGAUGUAUUGCAAUCGCGUUUUGUAUCUGUCGUAAAAAGAAAAACCAGAACAACGAAGGUUCAAAAUCCAACUCGGAAGUUGCAGCAAUUCAAGGAAAACCAAUUAAAAUGUCUCAACUUACUGUCAGAACGAUGAAACUUCCCCAACUUGGAGCUUUGUCCGUUCAUUUCCUUGGCGACAUGGGUGAUGGACAGUUUGGGAAAGUUUAUAAAGCAAAAAUCCUGCCUAACCCACAUUACAACACUAAUUCUGCUGCUGCUGUUAAAACAUUAAGAGAGAAUGCUCUUCCAUCUCAAGUUGAUGAAUUCCACAGAGAGGUUGAGGUUUACACUGAACUUCAAAACGAAAAUGUAGCUUGUCUUAAAGCAAUAGUGUUUCAACCCAAUCUUCGCUGCAUGGUGUUCGAAUACACCGAUGGUAUUGACCUACACGAAUACUUGGUUCUGCAUUCACCUCAAGCAGACUUUGCUAAACCACCUAGCAGUGCAAGCAGUCAUGCGUCAUCAUCUAUUGAACAUGCUGACUUUAUAAGGAUGGCAAUACAAGUUGCAUCAGGAAUGGAUUAUUUGACACGAAACAAUUUCAUUCACCGAGAUUUAUCGGCUCGUAAUGUCUUAGUUUGUGGAAAUCUUGAUCUUAAGAUUUGUAACUUGGGGGUGAUCAGGGAUUCAUAUCUCUCAUGUUAUUAUAGAAACCCACAAGGGGGUCAGAUGCUUCCAAUAAGAUGGAUGGCCCCUGAGUCAAUCCACAGUUGGCAGUUUUCUGACAAGUCUGCAGUUUGGUCGUUUGGAGUUCUUCUGUGGGAAAUGUUCAGCUAUGGAUUGCAACCUUACUGUGGAUACAGCAACCAUGAGGUGUUGGACAUGAUCAGUCGUCGACAGUUGCUUACAUGUCCUGACCAGUGUCCAGCCAAAGUAUAUUCACUCAUGCAUGAAUGUUGGUGUGGACAACCAAACCAAAGACCUUCAUUCAAGGAACUUCUGUCGAAACUUCAGGGUUGGGAAGGCACGAGCACCACUCGAGUUACUUCACAUCUUGCUCAAGGAAUCCACAGACAACUAACCAAUGUAAUGAGAGAUGGUAACGAAUACACACACUUCCCACCACAAGCCAGCAGUGUAGGAGGCAGCAGUGGAAUCACCUACAGUUCAGCCAUCCCCGCCCCUACACCCUCACCACCCCCACAAUUUGUUGGUUCAUUCCCCAUGCCAUGUUCAUCUGCUUCAACAUUCAUGGCAAACCAACCAAUUCCACCAAACGUUAGCCCAUCCUCCCAACAAUACUUCUCCUCUCCCGGAACAACAGUGUCUUACCCAAAUUCCAACAACCAACAAUACCAUGCAUACCAAGCACCACCUUACCCACAGGGAAACCAAUACAAUAACUACCAGCAGCACCCACCUGUGAGCCAAGCCUACCAAAGCAACCAAAUGCAACAACGAAGACCACAACAGUAUAGAAAGGGCCCACCAUCUCACAGCAGUAGCAGUAGUUGUGCCUCAUCCGGUAGGGAGCAAUAUCCUCCUCUUCCAAGACAACAAUACAACCAAAGGCACCACAAUAAUGAGGAUUACCAAGACGGUUAUAACUACUCUCAGCAGCGCCCUCCACCACCGUUCUCUGGCCCCGGAAACCGACCACUGAGCGGCGUCAUGGAGGACGUUGACGACCAUGAAAGCAAAGACGAAAGCUUCUACCAAAACCAGCGACUUCUUCCACAAAACAACCAGCCACAAGACAACUUACAUAACGGUACAGAUUCAAACGUGACUUCACCGUCGUCAGGGCAACAUCUUCUUGAAGGAGAUUCGUCAGACAUGUCAACUGCGAGCGUUAAAGCGACAUCUUGCGACUCCGGAUUACCAGUGGAUGACGAAAAUCACGCGGUCGAUCCUAAGACUCCAAUGGUGUCCCGUGGCGGACAGAGAGUGUCAAUCAAAACGCCCCAACGAGUUGUCACGCCAAGGAAAUUUACUUGAAAUCCAACAACACAAAGAUAUCAAACAAAACCGAGUCGAGCGAUGACGUAACAAAGAAGGGUUGUGACGUCACAGAAGGAGGAUUCAAAUCGAUGUAGGACCACGCGAACAGAACGUGGAAAAAAUCAAAAACUUUUAUUGUUGCUCUUAUUUUACAUUUAUUAACGUUACCGCUCGCUAUUUCACUAAUUACACGCGUCUUUAAUGACGUAAUCAUCUAUAUUACGUGUUUGAUACGUCAUGGAUAUACAUUCCCGUUUUAGAACUGAUCUUCUGGUAUUCAAACGAACGUAAGAUAUACGUCUUGCCGCAUGGCAGACGAAACGUUACUUACAUAAAAACGUUUUUACCGGAAAAUUAGUUUCAAAAUUAUGCUAUACCUGGUAUAGAAACACCAGCAAGACGUACAUUUCUGUUUUGUCCCUGAAUUUCAGCAGUUACUUGUUUUUUUACUGCCAAGUGUGUUUGACGGUGGCGAAAUUCGCUGGAUAAUUUAUCACUGUGCAGGGUUUGUGUUAGUUCAUUGCAACAUACUAAUCAUCCUACAUAUAUCUUUACAGAAUAAAACAACUAAAACAUUUA